AUGCCUCUCGUUAUUCGACACGUUGAUAGGCAAGGUUAUGUCCGUGAAGGCUUCUUUGAAUUUGUGUUGUGUGAUACUGGGACAACUGGCCAUGCACUAGCAGAAAAGCUCACGAACAAGGUCACUGAGUUUGGGCUAGCACUGAGUAAGCUGCGGGGUCAGUCAUAUGAUGGAGCUGGGAACAUGGCUGGACGCUUGACCGUUCUUGGAUACGUUCAUGGUCACACCACAGCGCUGCAAAAGACAAGCAAAGACAUUUGUAAUGCAUAUCAAGAAGUGAAAACUGUGACAGAGACAUUGCACAGAGUUCGUGAGGACAUUGACAUCUAUCAUGGACAGUGGUAUAGACUUGCUGAAUCUAUGGCUGAGAAGACCAACCGUCAAAACACACCAGCAGCAACUCCUGAAGAAUACUUCAAGCGAACAAUCGCCAUUCCGGUGGUCGAUGAUGUGUGCAACCAAAUGAGAGAUAGAUUCUCGAACAUGCAGCAGCUUGCUGUCAAGGGUCUAUACCUCAUUCCUUCGACCUUCCUUGAAGACCCUGCCAGGUCCCGAGAUUCUGUUUACAAAUUUGCAGAAGAGUAUCGAGAAGACCUUCCUGACCCUUCCCUUCUUGGCCUACAAGCUGAGUUAGAUUUGUGGGAAGUUCACUGGAGAAGCAGACCUGUCACUGAAGUGCUUCUUGACACUGCCUCUGCGACACUGGUGUGUACCAUGGGAAAUAUAUUUCCAAAUAUCCAAAGUCUUCUGGCUCUUGUGUGCACAAUUCCAUUCUCAGCAGUAGAGUGUGAACGGUCUGUGAGUUGCUUGAGGCGCUUGAAGACAAACCUACGUAGUACUAUGAGCGCUACUCGUCUGACUGCUCUUGCUCUCUUGCAUACACACUAUAACUUAGAAAUUGAUAUAAAUGCUGUUAUUGGUCGUUUUCAACGCAAACAUCCUCGUAGAAUGGUUGCAGUUGACUUUAUGUCAUAA